AGCUUUUUGUUCACCACACAGUCCUUGCAUACUUGCAUUCAUGUCCAUCUCUGGAAUCCAAGGCCUGCCUUUUGAGGUUACAGUUGUUGGAUGUUACAACUUGGAAGACAAGGAAUGGAUAUCAAGACAGGAUCCUUAUGUCUGUCUUGAAUAUGGAAGUGCCAAGUACCGAACCAAAACCUGCACAGAUGGAGGUAAGAAUCCUACCUUCCAAGAGAAGUUCACUUUCACACUUAUUGAAGGCCUCAGGGAGUUGAAUGUAGUGGUUUGGAACAGCAAUACCCUCGUUGCUGAUGAUCUUAUUGGCAGUGGAAGGAUUCAACUCCACAAAGCCCUUUCCCAAGGUUUUGAUGAUUGCACCUGGCCACUUCAGAGCAAAACUGGCAGGCAUUCAGGAGAAGUAAGACUCAUAUUGCACUACUCUAACGCCACACAACCUCAACAAUGCAAGGCAAAAUUAGCUCCAUCAAUGCCAGAAUAUGCGCCAUCUGCCCCCUUCACCCAGGUCUCACCAUAUGGUCACGCACCAGCGGCACCUCCAGCUCCUUACCCAGCUACGUUGCCAUAUGCUGCCCCAUCUCCUUACAAGUCAUAUCCUACUAGUACAGCAACGUAUCCGCCAUCUCCAUACGCUGGCUAUUCUCCCCAGGCUCCUCCUGCAGGUUAUCCUCCACAAACAUACCCACCUCUCCCUCAGGCCUCAUCUUAUUACCCACCAGCUCGGGCCGGAAUCUAUCCUCCACCACCCUACUGAGCACUUUUGUCAUUAAUGUCAUGCAAGCAGAGAAAAGUCUACAUAUGAACAGAAGCUAAAAGAAUUCAUGCUUGAAGCCACAAUGCCUUUGUAAUUAUUCUGAUGUAUGCGGAAAGUUUUAUUGCAUUGGGUGAUCAUAUUUCCGUUUUUGAAUCUGUAUGUUGUUUUUUAUAUAUUGCGAAAUUGGUUUCUUGUAAUUUACUCUGCUGUGCAAUUGUGGACAAUAAAAAGUGGUUUUCUCAA